AAAAACAUCGAUAACUUGGUUGCUGCCUUCAAUAUUUGGCCACCUUUAUCUCUGACACGAAUCGCACAACACCUGCGUCAGAAGGCAGACUCGUAAGUUGGCGUUGCGACACAUCGAUGAUCAAAAAGACGCCAAAACGCCUGCUUGAAGUAACGAAGACAAUUACGAAUACGACGCUUGCAUAAUGAAAAUCUGGACGUCAGAGCAUGUGUUCAACCAUCCGUGGGAGACUGUUACACAGGCGGCAUGGCGCAAAUACCCUAAUCCAAUGACACCCUCAAUCAUUGGGACGGAUGUCGUGGAGCGCAAAGUAGUCUGUGGAGUCUUGCACACACAUCGGCUUGUGCAAUCGAAAUGGUAUUUUCCAAAGUGGACACAUGCUCUUAUAGGCACAGCGAAGACCUGUUUUGCUAGCGAGCGCUCCACAGUGGAUCCACAGCGCAAACAGAUGGUUUUAAAGACAAACAAUCUUACAUUCUGCCGUAAUAUCAGCGUCGAUGAGGUGCUUUAUUAUGAGCCGCAUCCUUCGGAUUCAACAAAAACGAUGCUCAGGCAGGAGGCAACAGUAACUGUCUAUGGAGUGCCACUAUCACACUACAUGGAGGACUUGCUAACGUCCACAAUUAGUGCAAAUGCGGGUAAGGGCCGUCAAGGGCUCGAGUGGGUUAUUGGAUUGAUCAACACAGAGGUCAAAGGCAUUGCCGAGUCGGCAGCACGAGGAACAGAUGAACUGAUUCACAGUACAAGGCGAUCUAUAGACGAAGUCACAGAGAGUGCCCGCAAGAGUAUGGAUGAGAUUAGCGUGCAAGCAGCUAAGGCGGCGAAAGCAAUGCACAUAACAUAAGCAGCCCCUUUUAUAGUGAUUUUUAGAAGUUAAAGCAUACUCGACUUGGAAGUGCAACACAAUUAAUUUACAAGACAACGAAAGCAAGCAUAGCAUUAUAGAUACGUCUGAGGUACAAUCUACAUAUAUAUCUAAAAUUGUAAAUAUUACGAUCGCUUAAUUGGAUAAACAUAUACGUAUGCAUGUAUUUUGUAAAUCAACCUGAAGACGAAAAGUACUAUUGAGUUUAUCAACUGGCUGAGUGAUGUUAGCUGUUAGACUAAGUGUUUUGUAAUUACGUUAACGAUUUAACAUAUACAUAAUUUAAGAAGGUUAAAGCCAACAUCCAACCAUGAAUUCAGCUGGUGUAAAUCAAUAUUAUUUAUUCAGAACUAAAUCCUUGUAUGUAAAAAAAAAAUCGAGAACAGCAAAAAAAAAAUAAACACUUAGCUAAGAGGCUGAAAAAUGUA